CCGCCGUAAGCCGCGAGGCUCAGGAGCGUGUUACUAUUGGCUGGGUGUGUUUGGCGCCAAAGCGGAGGCGGAGGCGAUUAUCUGCGGCUGUGGGACUGGGAACCAUAGUACCUUAGAGAGGGGUCCGUGAACCCAGCGACCGUUUGGCGUGAGAGCGGUCGGUUUAGGAAGCUGCAGGGCCGGGGCGCGUCCGACAUGUUCUGCGAAAAGGCCAUGGAGCUGGUCCGCGAGCUGCACCGCGCGCCAGAAGGGCAGCUGCCAGUCUUCAAUGAGGAUGGACUCAGGCAAGUUCUGGAAGAGAUGAAAGCUUUGUAUGAACAAAACCAGUCUGAUGUGAAUGAAGUGAAAUCAGGUGGACAAAGUGAUUUGAUACCAACCAUCAAAUUUCGACACUGUUCCUUGUUAAGAAAUCGACGCUGUGCUGUAGCAUACCUGUAUGAUCGACUGCUUCGGAUCAGAGCACUCAGGUGGGAGUAUGGCAGCGUCUUGCCAAAUGCUUUACGGUUUCACAUGUCUGCUGAAGAAAUGGAGUGGUUCAAUCAUUAUAAAAAGUCCCUUGCUACUUAUAUGAGGUCACUGGGAGGAGAUGGAGGUUUGGACAUCACACAAGAUAUGAAACCUCCGAAAAGCCUAUAUAUAGAAGUGCGGUGUCUAAAAGACUAUGGAGAAUUUGAAGUUGAUGAUGGUACUUCAGUCCUAUUAAAAAAAAAUAGCCAGCACUUCUUACCUAGGUGGAAGUGUGAGCAGCUGGUCAGACAGGGCAUUCUGGAGCAUGUGCUGUCCUGACGUUGGGCUGAGGUGCUGCCAGGCUUUUCCCCAUGGUGUGAGGCAGAGCCAAGACACGGAAAGUUCUACAUGUCCUUCUCCACCUUCCCCUGUUUGGUUUUAAAAGUUACAGACAUUCAUGAAGAUAAACAGGAAUAUCUGGCUGAGGAGUAUCCUUUUGUACAGGAUUCUUCUUCCUCUUUGUAAUAAGCUCUAUCUAUAAUCCUAACAUUCCUGUAGUUAUUAAAGUGUGUUUUUUAACAAUUUUUUAAUGAAAGUAAUGAAAAUGAAAUGUAAUGCAAAAGUAAUGAAAGUAUUUGAAUUUCUUAGUUUUUCCCCCAAUAGUAAUGAUUAUUUUCAUUAAUGAACAUCUCUGAUGUUGCCCACAGUAUAGUAUACUAAGUCAUAAAACAUAAAGUACAAAUCCAAGGAAGGUAGUAAUACCUUUCCUAAGUUACAAAACUUUGGCAAAUUAAUACAGUAUUCUUUAAUACAAUAAAAUCCUUUUUUGUUGUUGUUGGA